CGGCGGCUGCCCCGCGGCCGGCCGCCCGCCGCGCCGAGGCGAUGCCGGACCAGAUCUCCGUGUCGGAAUUCGUGGCCGAGACCCAUGAGGACUACAAGGCGCCCACGGCCUCGAGCUUCACCACGCGCACGGCGCAGUGCCGGAACACCGUGGCGGCCAUCGAGGAGGCCUUGGACGUGGACCGGAUGGUUCUCUACAAAAUGAAGAAAUCCGUGAAAGCAAUAAAUAUCUCCGGGCUGGCGCAUGUGGAAAACGAGGAGCAGUACACACAGGCGCUGGAGAAGUUCGGGGGCAACUGCGUGUGCAGAGAUGACCCGGACCUGGGGAGCGCGUUCCUUAAAUUUUCAGUGUUUACAAAGGAGCUGACGGCGCUGUUCAAAAACCUGAUUCAGAACAUGAACAACAUAAUCUCCUUCCCUCUGGACAGUUUGCUGAAGGGGGACCUGAAAGGAGUGAAAGGGGAUUUGAAGAAGCCUUUUGAUAAAGCUUGGAAGGACUAUGAAACAAAAAUAACCAAGAUAGAAAAGGAGAAGAAGGAACAUGCCAAGCUCCAUGGGAUGAUCCGCACGGAGAUCAGCGGGGCUGAGAUCGCAGAGGAGAUGGAGAAGGAGCGGCGCUACUUCCAGCUGCAGAUGUGCGAGUAUCUGCUGAAGGUCAAUGAAAUUAAGAUUAAAAAGGGAGUGGAUUUACUUCAGAAUCUGAUCAAGUAUUUUCACGCUCAAUGCAAUUUUUUCCAGGAUGGACUGAAAGCAGUUGAAAGCCUCAAACCUUCCAUUGAAACACUUUCCACAGACCUUCACACAAUCAAACAGGCCCAGGACGAAGAGAGAAGGCAGUUGAUACAGCUCCGAGAUAUUCUGAAAUCGGCAUUACAGGUUGAACAGAAAGAGGAUUUGCAGAUGCGCCAGAGCACGGCCUAUAGUUUACACCAGCCUCAGGGGAACAAGGAGCACGGCACGGAGCGCACCGGCAACCUCUACAAGAAGAGCGACGGGAUCCGAAAAGUGUGGCAGAAAAGGAAGUGUUCGGUGAAAAACGGCUUUCUGACCAUUUCCCACGGCACCGCUAACCGGCCUCCCGCAAAGCUUAACCUGUUAACCUGCCAAGUGAAAACCAACCCUGAGGAGAAGAAGUGUUUUGACCUAAUUUCACAUGACAGGACGUACCACUUUCAAGCUGAGGAUGAACAGGAGUGUCAAAUAUGGAUGUCUGUGCUGCAAAACAGCAAAGAAGAAGCUCUAAAUAACGCAUUUAAGGGAGAUGACAACACAGGGGAAAAUAACAUCGUCCAGGAGCUGACGAAGGAGAUCAUCUCGGAGGUCCAGGGCAUGACGGGCAACGACGUGUGCUGUGACUGCGGGGCGCCAGAUCCUACGUGGCUCUCCACCAACCUCGGCGUUCUCACCUGCAUCGAAUGUUCCGGGAUCCACAGGGAGCUGGGCGUUCACUACUCCAGGAUGCAGUCCCUGACGCUAGACGUGUUAGGAACGUCCGAACUGCUGCUUGCCAAGAAUAUCGGGAACGCAGGCUUCAAUGAAAUCAUGGAGUGCUGUCUCCCCGCUGAGGACUCGGUCAAACCCAACCCGGGCAGCGACAUGAACGCAAGAAAGGACUACAUCACUGCCAAGUACAUUGAGAGGAAAUACGCAAGGAAAAAACACGCGGAUAAUGCGGCCAAACUUCACAGUCUUUGUGAAGCUGUGAAAACAAGAGACAUUUUUGGAUUACUUCAAGCAUACGCCGAUGGUGUGGAUCUUACAGAAAAAAUCCCACUGGCCAAUGGACAUGAGCCGGAUGAGACUGCCCUCCACCUUGCCGUCAGGUCCGUGGACCGGACUUCUCUCCACAUUGUAGACUUUUUAGUUCAGAACAGCGGGAACCUGGACAAACAGACGGGGAAGGGCAGCACGGCCCUGCACUACUGCUGCCUGACGGACAGCGCUGAGUGCCUGAAGCUGCUGCUGCGGGGCAAGGCCUCCAUCGGCAUCGCUAACGAGUCAGGAGAGACACCACUGGACAUUGCCAAGCGACUCAGGCACGAGCGCUGCGAGGAGCUGCUAAACCAGGCCUUGUCUGGAAGGUUUAAUUCCCAUGUUCACGUGGAAUAUGAAUGGCGACUGCUCCACGAAGACCUGGAUGAAAGCGACGACGACAUGGACGAGAAGUUGCAGCCCAGCCCCAGUCGGCGAGAAGACCGGCCUGUCAGCUUCUACCAGCUGGGCCCCAGCCAGCUGCCGUCCAGCGCCGCAGCUCUGGCGAGAGACGCCGGCGGCCUGGCCAAGGACAAGCAGAGGGGCUUCGUGCCCAGCCUCCUGCAGAACGAGACAUACGGUGCCAUCCUGAGUGGCAGCCCGCCGCCCACCCAGCCUGCGGCCCCCGGCUCAGCCAGCGCCCCCCCACUCCCCCCGCGGAACGUCGCCAAAGCUCAGCCAGCCUCCUCUGCUAACGCCCCGUGGAAGACAAACUCUGUAAGCGUGGACAGUAUAAGCCGGCAGCGAUCUUCGUCAGAUCCGCCCGCUGUCCAUCCACCGCUGCCCCCUCUCCGCGUGACAUCUACCAACCCCUUGGCUCCCACGCCACCCCCUCCGGUGGCCAAAACGCCCAGUGUGAUCGAAGCCUUGAGCCAGCAGAGCAAGCCAGCCCAGCCUGGACUCCCACCCAGCAAAGCCCCGCCACCCUUGCCGCCCCAGCCGCCCAGCCGCCUCCCCCAGAAGAGGCCUGCUCCCGGGCCUGACAAGUCAAGCCCACUGAUUAACAAAGGCCAGCCGAGAGGACCUGCAGUGGACCUCUCUGGAACAGAAGCUCUGGGUCCUCUGUCCAAUGCCAUGGUCAUGCAGCCCCCUGCGCCCAUGCCCAGGAAGUCCCAGACGACCAAGCUGAAGCCCAAGCGGGUCAAAGCCCUGUACAACUGUGUGGCCGACAACCCUGACGAGCUGACGUUCUCCGAGGGGGACGUGAUCAUCGUGGAUGGCGAGGAGGACCAGGAGUGGUGGAUCGGCCACAUUGACGGAGAUCCAAGUCGCAAGGGCGCAUUUCCCGUGUCUUUUGUGCACUUUAUUGCUGACUGAAUUGCUACUGAAGAAAACACUUCUUUUAAAAGUCAUGUCCUGUUUCAUUUUGGUACCAGUACUCUUGCCAGAUAACCUGUCUCAUGACUUGUACCCUACCCACUUUCUCUAAUGCCACUGUUCUGCUUUAUAAACUCAAAAGGCAAUUUAUAUAUAUAUCAAUGAAUUGUUUUUAUAUUUUGUGUUUUUCAUGAAACAUUGCUAUACUUUUAUUAGGAAAAACUCAAUUUCCUAAGAGGUGAACUGAAAAGUGAUUUUUUUUUUUCCUGAAAAGUGAUUUUAACUACAUAAUCAAGCCUGAAUCUACAGCAUUAGCUGAACCUCAAAGUAGUUUGGACUGUUGGGAAGAAAUGCGUCCUGCUUUUCUUGGCCCAUUUCUUUAGUCGGUGACCUUUAACACAGUUAUUCUUUUUAGGAAGCCGGUAAACUUUUGCUUUCCAAUUCUGCAGCUAAUCUGCACUUUCUAGAUAAAAUGCUUCAGUUCACCUUUAAAGACUUAAAAAAAAAAAAAUACCUUGAAAGAUUUCCUUUGAAAUCCACCCAACAUUUAUUUAAAGCAACUUGGGAGUGUAUACGUAAGCGUUGUAUUUUCCAGCACCUGGUGUGUGAGGUUACAGCCGUCAUUGUAUCCUGCAUGAGUGUGUAAACUAUUGUGAACAAGCCUACCUAAGCCAACUAGGGAUGGUUUGCUAUGGCAUACGUCAGCUCCAGAUUGUAUAAAACUGCAUUUCCUGAAUUCGGUUGAAAACUAAAGAUGACGGAUUGCGACACGGUUCUUCAAGCUAGUUUAUACGCUUUAGGUGUCCUGGGAUUCGCUUUCUCGAGCCCCCUGGUUGCAGCCAGAGUACCGUCACUGAGUCCUCGCUGUUUCCUGUCCAGUGUACCGCUGCCUUCCCUUCUAGCUCGAGAGAAUGUUUCCUCGAUUUAGUGUCUUGUCUUCAUAGAAUAUACCAACAGGAAUGGUAGUUACACUGUCUUGCAAUUUAAUCUGUCCACUUGUUUGUAAUCACGAACAUAUCAGAAAUCUGUAGGUUCCAGGUAAUAAAAUAACCCCAGACAUCCGGACUUCCUGUUGAAGUCCAUCAUAUCAUUCUUAAACUUAAGCUACUAGAGGCAGGGGGGUGGGGGUUAGGUUGUAUACAAUAAAAUAAAAACUCAUUAGGUUUAAUGAACUUGACUAUCAUACCUCUACUUAGUCAUGGUGGGUGUAAGAUUCAGAGUAGGUAUGUUGAAAAAUUUGGCGCUCUCUGAGAAUAAAUAGGCAUAUAAUGCCCACUUAGAUUUUUACCAAAAGCGGUAAAUUUAAGGAUAGGCUUGGAAAGCAAGGUGACAAUGCUGUUUCUGCAUGUCAUGAUGGUACAUUUGAUUGAAGCAGCCUGUCUUUAUUAUGCAAGACUCUUGUUGAGUGUAGAGCUUUUUUUUUUUUUUUUAAAAUUUCAUUGUUUUGUUUUUUUAUUUCACUGAUAUUAUAAAGGAAGACAGAACAAACUGGAAUGUUUUAUGAUGUUGUAUGGCAAUUUCGUUUUUUACCUUUCAAAGUUCCGGGUAAAAAUGUGUUAGAUCUGUAAUUAAAGUCUUUAUUUCUUUUUUUUUUAAGCACUACAUCUGUUUUCACUAAUUGUUCGUUUCUGUUUUUGAACCCUUCAUUAGUUAAUUCUCUCAUAGAUUGAAGAACAUAAACAGAUGUUUUGCACAGUGCACUUCAUAUGUAUAUUUUAGCACAGCCCUCCCACAUCCAUACCUUAUAAUCAAUCAGCCUUUUGCCUACUUGGUGCCAGCUAUAUAAGGAAUUAAUGUUGAUCCAUAUCAACAUUGGAACACCAGUCCCAAACUGAUAUAUCAGGUUCACUGGUACAUACAUAAAUAUCUAGGAAAUAUUUUCCCAGUCUACAAUUUGGUGGUGCUAUUGUGCGGUAAUUAAUAUUACUCUUGCCGGAGGAGAAAUUAUAUUAACUUCCCUACUAAUGAUGUCCUUUCCUAGUUAUUUGCUCUUUGCAAAUUAAAAAAAAGCAACUGAGAAAAAGGAAAACACUGUAGAUAAUCUAUUUAUAUUUAAAGUUUACGUUUUGUGACCUCAGCUGCAGGAUUCUGGCAUUUGGCAUGCCAUCCUCCAUCAGGUCUGACCUCUAGGGAUGGCAACUCAGAAAUCUGUCUACGGACUAAUGGUUAGCGUGUGAUCUGUGAAGGGUGGGAACCACGACUGCAGCCUGGAUGCUAUCUGAGAUGUAUGAUAUUCAAUUCAUUCACUCGAUUAUUUCCGUCUAGUUGCAGCGCAACUGUAUAUAUUGUAUAACCUAAAUCAGUUAUUUUCAUUGUCCUAAUUAGAGCAUGUUUAAUAAGUUUACUCUUCUUGUUAACUAGUCAUCUGACUGGAAAAAAAUAAAAUACUUUUAAAUGGA